UUCAGGAAUCGUACCUGAAGGUAUUACCAGAUAUUUGAGCGUGAAGACGGGAGUAAUCACAUUUAGCAAUGCCUUUUAGCUUGUUCCCCCAAGCAAAUGUGACCAAGCUGAACCCCUGGAGCCAUUUUAACUGCACUUACUCCUCCGCCUAUGUGCUUGACCCACGCGAUCCACUCUUCCAGCGAAUAGGAGCGCUCUUUUUGUCCCAGGUCAUUAAGGAGUUCGGAACAGACCACAUUUACAACACCGACACCUUUAAUGAGAUGGUCCCAGCCUCUUCGGACCCCGCUUACCUGGCGUCUAUCAGCCGUGCCGUUUUCAAUACUAUGACUUUAGUGGACCCUCAAGCAAUUUGACUGAUGCAGGGCUGGCUAUUUAUCAGUGACCCUUCGUUCUGGAAACCAGACCAGGUCAAGGCACUGUUACACGGCGUCCCCCUGGGGCGCAUGAUUGUCCUGGAUCUCUUUGCUGAAUCCAUGCCCGUCUACUCUUCCACAAACUCCUUCUACGGCCAGCCGUUUAUCUGGUGCAUGCUGCACAACUUUGGAGGGAGUAGCGGUCUGUUUGGAACGGUGGAAAGCAUUAACUCCGGCCCCUUCAAUGCCAUCUGCUUCCCGAAUUCAACCCUAGUGGGUCUGGGUUUGACUCCCGAAGGCAUCGAACAGAAUCCAGUCAUUUACGAACUUAUGAGUGAGCUGGCCUGGCGCAAAGAACCCAUCAACCUUUCCAAGUGGGUGUCGCAUGACUUGUAUGUAUGUUGUAUGGAUGAGAACCUGACGGCGGCCUGGCAACUCUUGUUUCAUAGUGUGUAUAACUGCACUCUUCCGCAAUACAAGAACCACAACCGGAGUGCAUUGGUACAUCGUCCGUCCCUGCGGAUGCAAACAGACAUUUGGUACAAACCGACUGACUUCUACAAAGCAUGGGAGCUUCUGUUCGAAGCCGCGCCAGGGUUAGCCACUUUGCAAACUUUCCGGUGCGAUCUUGUGGACGUGACGCGACAAGCGCUUCAGCUUCUUACAACUGAGUUCUACGAGGAAAUACGAAAUGCUUUCCAGGCCCAAAAGCUUCGCGACCUCCUGACCGCUGGUGGUGUGCUUGUCUACGAUCUCUUACCUGAGCUGGACCGCCUCCUUUCCAGCAACGAACACUUCCUUUUGGGAGUCUGGCACGAGCAGGCUCAGUCUCAGAGUGUGGACGAGCAUGAGGCGCAGCUGUAUGAUAUCAAUGCACGAAAUCAGAUCACCCUUUGGGGACCCGAUGGGGAAAUCUUGGACUACGCCAGCAAGGAGUGGGGCGGUCUAGUGGAAGACUAUUAUUUACAGCGCUGGGGCUUGUUUGUUAAAACGCUAGUGGAGUGUCUGGACCGAGGAAGACCGUUCAAACAGGAUGUCUUCAACCAGGCUGUGUUCCAGGUUGAGAAAGGGUUCGUCUACAACCAGAGGAAAUAUCCGUCCAAACCACUAGGGGACACAUAUGAGGUUGCACGACGGAUCUUCCUCAAAUACUUCCCAUAUACUCUGAAAAGGCUACAAUGAAGGGAACUUGUUUGAUCCUCAGACCAUAAAUUGACCAUAAAUUUUUUGAUCCAACGACCACAAUGUAUUUGAGGAUCAAACUAAUAUGGUGUCCAACCAACAGUCGAAAAAUAAAAACAGCUGGCAUUUUAUUUAACUUCUUACUUUUCUUUGAAAAUAAUGCCCAAGCUAUCAUGAGGGACUUCUUGUAGAAACUUCUAAAUGGUUUAUAUAUCAGAUACAGAGGUUUACUGCAUUACAAAUGUGUUUUUGCAAAAAGUGUUUUAAGUGUUGAAUUUUUAGGCCUGAAACAAAUUGUGCAAUUUCUAGCUAGCUUAAUUUGGCACAUCUUUAAUACUGCAAUGCAAGUACACUUUGCAUUCUCAGUGAGGGGUGUGAUAACGGUCAUUACCAAUGGCAGGAAAACUUGCUGAGAAAAUGAGUUAAUUCUAUUGGUCCCUUGAGUACUGUUAUCAAUGGUCUUGCAAUGAGUUUGCCAAGCAUUUGUAUCUGUUUGUAUAGAGUGUGUUUCUGGCCUUACUGUGCUAGUACAGAACAAUUUACUGUGUUUUUUCUGGUUACUACUGACGUUACAGGUUUUUAUCUAUGGCAGAUAUAAUGUAUAUACUUAUCUAUUUUGCCACCCCUAAAAUUGUGUGAAAUGGGGUGAAAAUAUAUUGACAUGACAUGAAGACUGUAACUUUGCAGUUUUGUAAUAUUAAAAAAAAAAAGAAAAAAAAACUGGGUCAUUCGUCCAGACAAAAUACUGCUACAGAAUUUGCCGACAUUGUUUGUUGUGGGGUUUUUUUUCAUUCACAACCCGAAUGCAAAAAUAUAUUUGAAGUGAUCCUGUGAAUCCUUGAAAGUUUAUAACUAGUUUCAGAUUGAGUAGUUUAACUGUUUUGGAACUUGUUAUGGACUUUGUUUUCAGUCUACAAUUUCUUGUUAGUUAUUUUAGUUAAC